AUGGGAGCACCCGGUCAUACCUUGGAGAAUUAUGUUGCAUUUCAAAAUCGUGUACAAGACUUGAUCGAAGCAAAGGUUGUCUCUUUCACUCCAAGACGCCCAAACGUGAACACCAAUCCCAUGUCAACACAUAAGGAUGCUUCCGUCGGUGCCAUUGAGGAGAGUGAUCAAGGUAAAUUGAUCCGUAAGGUUGAAGAGAUUCAAACCCCUAUCGCCAGGAUAAGAGCACAAUUGCUGAAGAGUGGUCUAAUCCCGGAGGAGCUAGUUGCUGAAGAGAACAAUAAAAAGUUAAGGAAUUUUAUACAACAAAUGCUGGAUCAAGGCGAGUUACAAAUAAAUCGUCGUGUCAAGAGCAAGCGCCAGGAAGAGAUAGCCGUGGUGGACAUCCCUUAUGAUGAGGUUAAUGUAGAAAUACCUAUAAGCCCAUUGGUGAUAAAGUUUCCAACACCGUUCGCGUAUGAAUAUGAGAAGGCGGUCCCGUGGAUAUAUCAACCCAGAGCUUUUAAGCAAGGGCAGGAAGACCAACCUUUGAUGAUCAGUGAACCAAACGUCACCUCGAUUAUGGGGCCGGCAGGAAUGACACGUAGUAGCCGAGUGUUCGCACCAAGAACUGCUGAUCCUUCUGCAAAGGCUAAAGGGAAGGAAGCUGCUGUUCAGAUCCCCGUCCCUAAUCAAGAGAUUCAAGACAUGCACUUGUCUCCUAAAGCUACAGUCACACGUGAAGAGGCCGAGGAAUUUCUGAGGAUAAUCAAGAAGAGUGAUUAUAAAGUGGUGGAUCAGCUGAAUCAAACACCUUCAAAAAUCUCCAUGUUAUAUUUAUUGCUCAACUCAAAAGCACAUAGGAACUCGUUGUUGAAAGUAUUGAGCGUCGCACAUAUCACAAAAGACAUAACGAUAGAACAGUUUGACGAUGUGAUAACUUGUCUGACCACUGGAAAUUUUUUGGGUUUUAACGAUGAUAAACUGCCAGUCGAGGGAAAGAACCAUAACAAGGCCCUACAUAUCUCCCUGAAAUGCAUAGACACUAUACUAUCAAGGGGGUUAGUAGACACAGGUUCCUCGCUGAAUGUCAUGCUGAAGACCACUUUGACAAAGCUGCCAAUGGAAGGGAUAAGUAUGAAGCCUAGCAUCCUAAUUGUAAAGGCAUUUGAUGGCUUAAGGCGAGCAGUGAUAGGAUAG